AUGAAUGACUAUUGUUAUGAGUGGAAGGUAAAGCAUCAAUGGGGAGACAAGAAUAUCUUCAGUGAGUACUUUACCUCAUAUAAUUAUACUUGGAGGCUAUGCCUUAUUUCAGUGGAAAGGCCAUAUUUGUACUUGGAAUACUUUGGAUAUUUGACAUUUGAAGUGUUUACAGAUUACAUUCUGUAUAUAGAAUAUGCGGAUGGAGAAAUAGAAGAGAGAAAAGUGACAUUUGGAUUUGGGUCACAGCUGGAUUUCGGGAUAGAGGUACAGCCUAAGGAAAAGAAAAGGGUUAUGGUCAAGAUAGUAUCAGCUGUCCGGUGCUAUGAAGCCAAGAAGGACACUCCGUACACAGGAUUGAUAAACUUAGGGGCAACCUGCUACCUAAACUCUAUAAUACAGACACUCUUUCACAUAAAGGGGUUUGUUAAGGAGCUGUUUCAGCAGCCACCUGGUGAAAAGACUGUACAGAUGCAAAGACUAUUCUAUCAGCUGUGCAAGGACACAACAUACGUGGACACAAAGGAAUUCACAAAUGCGUUUAAGCUGAAGAAUGAAGACAUUGAUGAGCAGCAGGAUGUCCAGGAGUUCUUUAAGUUUCUGCUUGAUGAACUGGAAAAAGAGGCAAAGGGAACUCCUUUCUUCAAGUACAUUGAAGACACCUUCUAUGGAGAACUUGGAACAACCAUCCGGUGUGACAAAGGGUGUGUUCGGGAAAUAACAGAAAAGUAUAAUGACCUGCAGUUGGUCAUGGACCUUCCAUAUAUGGAGAACUCAAGGACAUCACUUGAAGACUCUCUUCAUAACUAUAUUAGCACAAUGCAUCUGAAGGCACCAAAUUUGUACCACUGCGAGAACCACGGGUACAUUGAGGCAACAAAGUCAGAUUAUUGCAAGACAUUCCCGCCUGUUCUGUUCCUGCAGAUAAAGAGGUUUAACAUGGACUAUGACACAGGAGACGUAUACAAGGUGAACAAUUACUACUCUUUCCCAAAGGAACUGGACCUGUCGUUGUACACACCUGACAAAACAGUCGACAAUAGGUACAGUUUGUACACAGUGAAUGUUCACAUGGGAAGUGGAAUGUCAGAGGGACACUACUAUGCGUAUAUAAGAAAGAAAGACGGGUGGUACAAGUUCAAUGACACGUAUGUCACAAAGUGCAUGGAGGAAGAGGCAAUACAGGAGACAUUUGGGGGAAGGCACAGAUACAAGAAUAAGGUGAGAUCUGCAAAUGCGUAUUACCUGGUCUAUGUACGGACAUCCCAGAUGGACGAGUUCUUGAAUUCUUCAAUAGAAAAAGUUCCUGAGGAGAUAAAAGACUCAAUUGAAAAGGAAAGAUUUCUGUCAAUUAAGGUAAAACUGGAAGUGUAUGUGCCCAGUGUAAUGAAAGGAUAUUGGGGACUGGGGUAUUUUACAGCAGGCAGACAGUACUUGAAGGCAGCCCCGGGUGUGAUUGAGUUGGAAAACUCACAGUCUUACAACCAGGUGAUAGCCCAAGCAAAAAAGCUCCUGUCAAAGCCAAAUGCAUCAAUUGACUCUGUCCUUCUAUACUCAUUCCAGAGCAUAAAUGGAAUGUUCUCUCUCCAGAAAAUUAAGCAGGUGGAAAUAGUGGCAGAUCUAGCAAGCCACUCCUUAUUCGCAAUAGAGGCAGAUAAUAACAUAACAAGAGAAGACUCCUUUAUUCUCUUCAUCAAGCAGGCAAAAGUCAAAGAACAGCCGUACAAUCUUAAGGUGCUUGUGGAAAUAAAGUCUGCGCUUGUGGUGAACAAAAAUGCCUGUGUCAAAGAAUGGAUAAAGGCAGGAUAUAACCUGGCAGUGCCUCCAUUGGCAGAGAUAAACGGAAAACCAAGAGAAAUAGAGGACAAUAUGACCUUUCAACAGCUCUUUAAGGCCGACUCAGGGGUUAUUAUUAUGGACGCAGGCAUGCAGGCUGUGACAGAGUACUUUAAGCAGAUAUCCUGCCACAAAAUACUUACCCUCAUGCACAAGCAGGAGCGAGUCAGCAACCACUGGAUGCCCCUUGAUACAACGCAGGAUGAAAUAGAGAAAAUGCUUCAGAAAAGCCUGUGCUCAGACAAAUUCAAACUGUCAGAAGUAAAAGACAACAAAGUCCAGAUAGAGCUAGACGAGAAUAUGGUUCUUGUGUACAUGCAGGCACUUGGGGAUAAAACACAGAACAUUAAUCUUGUUGAGAAAAAGGCAUACAUCCUUCCAGAUAUGGUCAAAGGAGAGGAGGUGCUUGCAAUGCUUGGUGUGAAGCCAGAAGAAACCACAAGUAAUACGCGCAUCCUGAAAGCCUAUGCAAAAGUUGAGCAAAUUACUACUUACAAGCCUAGCAGCAGCAGAAUUAGCCUAAAUAACAUGGCAUUCUUAACUGUCCAGGAGAUAGAUAGAAAGACAAAGAUCGAGGCAGUCAUGAAGUACAGCAGCGAAACCAUUGGGUACCCAUUUAUAAUUGACUUGGAGGAAAAGAAAACUGCAAUGGAGAUAAAGAGAAUCUAUGGUCUUGAAGAAAGUGUGCUUAUUAAAGUGUCUUCAGUCAAGCAGGCCCAUCUGGAGGAAAUGUCACCAGUAAAAAAACUGUCAAAGAGUGAAAAACUCAUCUUUAAGAUAACUUAUCAUCAGAAAUACCAACUGAAGUUUACUCGUCUAUAUUUUAGCUAA